AACAACCUAGUUUCCGGGAUGAAAGCCUGUCUCGACAUGGUCAUAGUGGCGAGUUACCUGCUCCUGUCCGCCAUCUUGUGUUCAACCCAGACAGAGCCUAUGUUCAUCAGAAAGACGCCAGAACUGUUCGCCGACUACGACACUACCCAGCUCAACUACGGCGUUGCGGUUAGCGACGUCGACGGCGACGGAGAGAUGGAGUGGAUUGUAGCUGGAUUUAAUGGCCCAAAUAUGGUGUUCAAGUAUGAUCACGUCACCCGCAAGUACAACAACCUGGUUGAGAUUGACGGUCGAUUCUCCAAUCUGAGUGACAACGAAGGUCAAGCCAUCAGUGUAGUUGCAUGCGACUUGGACGGCGACCCCGACGGCAGGGAGGAGAUCUACAUCCUCAACACCAACGAUCAAUACUGGGGAUCCAAACGUUACAAGGACAAGCUCUUCAAGUUCAGGAAUGGACGCUACGAGGACCUGUUCAGCGACACUAUAAACUCCGGCAUGUCCCACAUGUUUGCGGGACGUUCUGUCGCCUGUGUAGACAGGAAAGGGACAGGAAAAUAUGGCUUUCUUCUGGCAACUUACAGCAGGCUGGGUGUGGGAGAGUUCGCCCUGAUGGAGAUGAACGAGUCAAGCCCUAAUAACGACGUCAUUUCUGGCCGCGUGGUCAUCUGCAACGUGGGCACUGAGGCGGGGAUAAACAUCAGCACUGGUGGGCAGGGUAUUGCAGUUGGUCCGAUCCUUGGCGAUGAUGGUCUGUCCGACAUCUUCUUUGUUAAUGAGGGCAACUCCGGGGUCAAGAACCGAGGGGACAAUGCACUCUUUAAGAACAGAGGGGAUGGGACCUACGAGGACGUGGCCAGGAUUACAGGUGUUACUGAUCGUGACGAAAAUGGCCGCGGUGUUACACUUGCGGAUUUCAACAAUGACGGCCUGGUAGAUAUCGUGUAUGGAAACUGGGUAGGGCCACACAGGCUUUAUCUGCAGCGGAGGAACGGCAGUGAUGUGCGGUUUGAGAACGCAGCAAGUAGGGAGUUCGCGAGGCCAUCCCCAAUCAGAACCCUCAUAGCUGCCGACUUUGACAACGACGGCAUUCUGGAAUUGUUUCUCAACAACAUCUACUACCAGUUUGCCAUGACCCCCAACUUGCUGUACAAGGUCACACCUAACGGGGACGGUGUGGACAUUGAAAAUAUUGACGUUGGUGACGCCCUAGAACUCAAUGGGAGAGGCACAGGUGCAUCGGUCACUGACCUUGACGGCGACGGUCGUCUCGAGCUGCUCGUGUCGCACGGAGAAAGCACCGAACAGCCUCUAGAACUUUACCACGUGCAUCCCGGGGAGGGAAACCGGUGGAUCCGGAUCAUGCCGCUCACCAGAGUAGGGGCACCUGCACGAGGUGCUAAGGUCACCGUCACGCUGACAGACAGUACACGUCAGAGCAGAGUCAUUGACGGGGGGUCAGGUUAUCUGUGUCAAAUGGAACCUGUCGCCCAUUUUGGCCUUGGUCAGUCGUAUCCAGCAGAGGUCAGCAUUCAGUGGCCCGACGGCAAUGUGGUUACCAAGGCGAUGGGAAGGACGACUGUCAACAGUUUCCACAGGAUAGGAUAUUCGGGAUUCCUUGAAACAGUUCCAAGACCAGAUCCCGGGUCACAGGGAGGAGAUACUGUCAGCGUGGGAACAAGAGAGAAUGCAGGUAUUCUUUCAUUCUUGGUAUUCCUGGUACCCUCCUACCAUCUCCGGUGACGUCCGAUGUCUGGUGAAGCUGUACUGACCACUGCCAUCUCUCACCCAGGAUGCCUCCAGUUGACGUGUCGGCUCCAUUGUAUAACACCAAGCCAUGAUCACACCAUUGCCACUUCAUCGACAUCAUGUUUGAGAUACAAUUGUGUUUUUGUCA